AUGCAUUUCAUCUUCUCAGAUAAGGUGGUGCUUCUGUUUGAUUUCUGGAGUGUCCACAGUCCUGCAGGCAUGGUCCUUUCAGUGGUGGUGGUCCUGCUCCUGGCUGUGUUGUAUGAAGGCAUCAAGGUUGCUAAAGUCAAGCUGCUCCACCAGGCUCUGAAGAGCCUGCCACCUCCCGCCGACCAGCAGCUCAUUGCGGAGACAGAUGGGGAAUCGACAUGUUCCGAUUCACCCCCGGUCAGCAGAACCCGCCUCAGGUGGUUUCUGUGUCACUUUGGCCAGUCUCUAAUCCACGUCGCUCAGGUGGUCAUCGGCUACUUCAUGAUGCUGGCUGUCAUGUCCUACAACACGUGGAUUUUCCUUGGCGUGGUCCUGGGCUCCGCUGUGGGCUACUAUGUAGCCUACCCACUUCUCAGCACGGUUUAG